GAGAACCAUAAGCAUAAUUUCUGUUUUGUUUACAAAAAUACAAAACUUGCCGAUUCUACACGUCUCGUGCAACGUCUCGUGCUUCUGGAACAACACAAAGGAAGAUUUGGACAUUAAAAGCUCACAAAAUUAGUGUUUAUCAUUUCUGUGCGCCACGUUAAUUAAAUAGAAAGGAACACUUAAAAAAAAAACAUGUCGAACACCGCGAUUUGGCACUGCCAACUCUGGAUGGGAGGACUUGAGCCUUAUAUGACGGAAACGUUCGUCAAGGGUGCGUUUGAGAAGCUCGGAGAAGCGCCGAUGGGCGUCAAAAUUAUGAGGAACAAAUUCACAGGUGAACCAGCCGGCUACUGUUUCGUCCACUUCAAGACGGACGAAAUCGCUUUGGAUGCGAUGCACAAGUUGAAUGGAAAGGUCAUUCCUGGCUCCAACCCGCCUGUUCGCUUCAAACUGAAUCAUGCAAGCACAACUGGAAAACCAGGCAACGACAGUGAUUUUUCCCUGUGGAUUGGCGAUCUCAGUCCGGAAGUGGAUGACUAUCAACUCUACAGGCUUCUUGCCUCCAGAUAUCAUUCCUUGAGAACAGCAAAAGUUGUUAUGGACCCGUCAACAGGAGUGAGCAAGGGCUACGCUUUUGUGAAGUUCUCGAACGAAGAGGACCAGAAGGCUUGUCUGAUAGACAUGAACGGCUACAAGGGACUUGGCAACAAGCCCUUGAAAAUAAGCAACGCUGUGCCCAAGAGCAAACAAGCAGCCGCUGCCGCCGCAGCAGAAGAGUCGCUGAAUGAAAAGGCCCACGCUUAUUUGGAAUACUGGCAGAACUACAACCAGUGGAACAGCCAAUACGGCAGCAACUCGGCCUAUUACGACCACUACAAUCAAUCAAACACCACCUCUACCUACACAACCUCCCAGUAUGAUCAGCAGACGGCUGCAGCCGUAGCUGCGGCUGCUGCAGCCGCCAAGGCUAUCGAGUCUCAGCCUCCACUGCCUGCCGAAGCACCGCCACCAGCACCGAUUCCGGAGGAAUUCCAGCUUGUCGAACACAACAUCCCAGUUGACAUUGACGAGCUCAAUUAUCACACAUGCCAAAAGGAUAAUCAAAUGUGGGAUGCACUUUUGGAGUCCAAGUGGCUCCCUUCAGAAGUUUGCGUCCCUUACUUAUAAGACAACUAUAUCUAGGAAAUUUGAGUGAAUGCACUUCCGUAAUAUUAAUGAUGUAAAUUUACAUAAGUAAUAAAAAAAUGUUGUAGAGUAAUGUUGCUGAUUUUUGUAA